CGUUUCCAAACAAAACUCAACCCUCACCCUCGCCCUGCGUCGGCGAGCCCCGUCCGCUGCAUGGGCCAGGUUAUUCGCCCGUGUUUUCGUCAACGCACGUUUUCAAAUUUUCUCCCUCACUCAUACCCCGGAACGUCCACGCGACUUUCCUCCUCUGUCACCCGUCCUAGUCCCCCCGGCUCAGUCUUGACUUCUGACGGCAGUAUUUGGGUUGGUUCAUGUACCUUGUACAUCACAGCUGUGGAGUCGCCCGCCCAUUUAUGCUUUGCUCUUGUCCACACAUGCGAGCCGAUCCCACCACCCCGACCAACUUGAACCCCCAUAUUUCACUCUCCAUCCCUUCGCCGAGCUUCUGAUACUGCGACAUCAAAGCGCACGCAUCCGCAUCCGCACCCGCGUCCGCCUCUCCGCCGCCAGCAAAACCCGAACGCUUCCACGGCUGUCGCUGCCUUGCGUGUCUCCUUCACUAUCGGUCAUGCAACGCAUGCAUAUGCAGCCCGCUGUUCACGCCCUGCUAUAACGCAUCAAAUGGCCCUUCUGGCGCCCGGCCACGCCCUGGAUAUCUGUUGAUUGACGGCACCGCAACCGCCCCCCGUCAUCAACCCGACACCCGCGUCUCGCCGCCUCGCGCCCCGUUGAAAGCGCCAUGGCGCCAGCUCCAUCAGCCGGCGCCAGCCUGUCGGCUGCCGCGGGCGGAGGCAGCGCCAGUACGAAUGCCAGCGCACGAGGCUCGCCGGCAGUCAAUGCCUCCGUGAGCCAUGGAUCCUCGAACGGCGGCUCGAAAGCGAACACAGCCCCCGUCAACUCGAACGGCUACCACCCAAACAACCCCCAGCAGCGAACGCUGAGCUCCAUGACGAGCUCGCCUCUCGAUCUCAACUCGGUGGAGAGGAGAGGCCAGCCUACCGCCAGCCGCGAGCCCCCAAAGCGCAAAACCCGCCCGCACGAUCUGGAGGAGGCGCCCACAUACUAUCCCACCGCUGAGGAGUGGAACGACCCAAUGGAGUACAUGAGGAAGGUCUCGCCGGAGGGCAGGAAAUACGGCAUCUGCAAGAUCGUCCCUCCAGAAACAUGGAAUCCCCCAUUCGCCAUUGACACGCAGAAAUUCCACUUCCGUACCCGGAAGCAGGAGCUGAACUCUGUCGAGGGCAACACUAGAGUCAACAAGACCUACGUCGAGGCGCUUGUCAAGUACCACAACCAAACCGGCAAAGACAACAUUCGACUUCCCUUUGUCGAUAAGAAGCCCCUCGACUUGUAUCGGCUGAAGAAAGCGGUUGAGAACCGCGGCGGCUUCGACAAGGUCUGCAAGUCAAAAAAAUGGGCCGAGAUUGGGCGCGAUCUGGGCUACAGCGGGAAGAUCAUGUCGUCCCUCUCAACGUCACUGAAGAACUCGUAUCAGAAGUUCCUCUGUCCGUACGAGGAGUACCUGCGCGCAGCCAGGCCCGGCGUGCACCAGCAGUUGGAACUUGAGUAUGGAGGCCCGCUCACCCCUAGCCCGGCCCCGAGCCCGAUGAAGCGAUCGACGGUAAACACCCCCGCGAGUCUGAGAGGCGACUCCCCUGCUAGGCAUGCGUCGGGCGCGCUUCAGGCGACUAUUGGGAAGGAACAGGACGGCGACUCGUCGGCCACCCCUGGCGCGGCAUCAGGGGCGCAAUCAGGCUUCACUGCCAUCAACUCCGGAGGAUUCACUGCGGUCAAUUCUGGCUUCACGAGUGUCAACAGGCUGUCUGCGGCCGAAUCAAAGCCAUUCACGCCAUCCAAGCCGAGCAGCGCGCUGGCGUCUGCGAAGAACACACCGGAGUACCGCCCGUCUGGGCUUGGACCAGCAAAUGCACUCAAACGACAGCUCAGUUGCGAAAGUAUGGACGCCAAGAACGAGAUUGCGGGUGAGAAGGAAGACACGGAUGCGAGCAGUCGAAGGAGUAAACGCAUCAAAAAGGGCAACCCAUUCGGUUCCAAGGCUCCCAAUGCCCUCCCACGUGUUCAUUUCCCUUCCUCCAACGCCCGGCUCGCAAUUCCCCUUGCGCUUAUUGCUCUCGGUUUUUCAUUUUCUCGCCUUUUUAUUCGCGCACACUUCUGCUGCGACCAUUGGCCUUGUAGGCAAUGGCAGCGUCAGCCCAAGCAACCUCCUAUUAGGGAGAGCGGGCUGCCGAUUGGAUCGAGAGAACGUACCGACCGUGGCUGGGUCGCACAUGACACUAUUUCGACCCUCUCUGCCCCGGAUUCCAAAAGACGACUCCACUCCAGCGACUGAGAAAUGUAAUGCAUGUGGCAAUGCCAUCAGCGCCGCCUUAUGCGUGAUCUGCGAUAGUUGUGACCUUCGAUACCACGGCAGCUGUAUCAACCCGCCGCUGAAGGCGACGCCCGAGACCGAAUGGAACUGCCCGCGAUGCCUCGUCGGCGAUGGCAACUUCGGGUUCGAGGAGGGCGGACUCUACUCGCUGAAACAGUUCCAAGAAAAGGCCGCGGAUUUCAAACAAGGAUACUUCGAGAAUAGGAUGCCUCUGGAUUCCGAGCUGAAGUGCCAUCGCCCUGUUACAGAGGAUGAUGUCGAGCGCGAGUUUUGGAGGCUGGUUGGGAGCAGGGACGAGACAGUCGAGGUCGAGUAUGGUGCCGAUAUCCACUGCACAACGCACGGAUCCGGCUUCCCCACGGCCGAGAAGAACCCGGACGACCCUUACUCUAACGACCCCUGGAAUCUCAACCUUCUGCCGCUGCACCCCGAGAGUCUGUUCCGAUACAUCAAGUCCGACAUUUCCGGCAUGACCGUGCCCUGGGUCUAUGUCGGCAUGAUCUUCUCCACCUUUUGCUGGCACAAUGAGGACCACUAUUCCUAUUCGGCCAACUAUCAACACUUCGGGGCCACCAAGACCUGGUACGGCAUACCGGGAGAGGAUGCGGAGAAGUUUGAGGCAGCCAUGAAGGAAGCCAUCCCUGAGCUGUUCGCGACGCAGCCAGAUCUCCUAUUCCAGCUCGUCACCCUCUUGCCGCCCGAGCAGCUGCGCAAGGCUGGCGUUCGGGUCUAUGCGCUAGACCAGCGUGCGGGCCAGCUUGUCGUCACAUUUCCGCAGGCCUAUCAUGCCGGAUUCAACCACGGCUUCAACUUCAACGAGGCCGUCAAUUUCGCUCCAUGCGAUUGGGAACCAUUUGGCCUAGCUGGUGUUGAGAGACUGCAGCUCUUCCGGAGGCAGCCUUGCUUCUCACACGACGAGCUUCUCUGGACAGCGGCCGAGGGUAUCGCGUCUGGUGGUCUCACAAUCCAAACCGCCAAGUGGCUUGCUCCAGCUCUCGAGCGCAUUCACACCAGAGAACUUGCGCAGCGCCAGGAAUUCGUCGCGAAGCACAGGGGGCUUUCACCGCACACGUGCGCCAUCGGCGGCGACGAGGGCUCGUCGUGCCCGUUGACUUUUCGUGUCGACGACGAGGAUGUGCCUGAAGAGGAGUAUCAAUGCGCCUACUGCAAGGCAUACACGUACCUCUCCAGAUUCAAAUGCCUGAAAUCCGGGCAGGUCCUCUGUCUGUUGCACGCUGGACACCAGCCGUGCUGCGAUGCUCCAGAGAAAAACCGCCUAAGUGGUGACCAGCACAUGGUGGUCUACCGAAAGUCGGAAGACAUCAUUUCGGCGACAUACCGGAAGGUUGCAGACAAAGCCGGCUUACCCGAAGUGUGGGAGGAGAAGUACACCAAGCUUCUUGACGAUGAGACCACGCCGUCCCUCAAGACAUUGCGGACUCUGCUCAACGAGGGUGAGAAGAUCCCAUACGACCUCCCAUCGCUGCCUCUCCUGAGAGAGUUUGUGGAGCGUUGCAACCGAUGGGUCGAUGAGGCUACCAACUACACUGUGCGCAAACAGCAGAACCGCCGCAAAGCUGAGCGUGGCUGGAUAUCUGGGCAGCGCAAGUCGAUUGGGAGCUCAGCUCAAGAGCAAAAAGAGAGGGAGCUGCGCAACCUCGACAACAUCCAUAGGCUACUGCGUGAGGCUGAGCAGAUCGGAUUCGAUUACCCCGAAGUCAUUCAGCUCCAGGACCGAGCAGCCGCCAUCAAGACAUUCCAAGAGAACGCACGGAAUAUGCUGGAUCAUUCUCCGAGUAACCAGGACAUCACCAUAGUCGAGGAGCUCCUGGAGGAGGGCCACAGCUUCAACGUCGAUAUACCCGAAGUCGAGAAACUCUCCCGAGUCUUGGACCAGCUUAAGUGGAACAAGAAGGCCCGGGCUCAGCGUGGAACCUACAUCACGUUGGAUGAGGUGCAACUGCUCAUCGAAGAGGGCAGGCGCCUGGAGAUCAGGCCGUACAAUGACCACAUGGUCUAUUACACGGAACAGAUGGCGGCAGGGCAGGCGUGGGAAGGCAAGGCUCAGGAGGUCAUCAACAAUGAGAUGAUUCACUACGCACAGCUCGAGGCGCUCUCGCAGCAGGCAGCGGCCAACUCCCUGCCGGUCUCACAGGCCACUCUCGCCGAAGUCGACCGAAUACUGCACAAACAACGCGAGGCCCUCAGUCAAGUAGCGGAUCUCAACCUGCGGUGCCGCGAUCCAGACUACGAUAGGCGGCCCAUGUACUCGGAAGUGUGUGAGAUCAUGAAGAAGAUCGAAGAGCUCCAGACGAAGCCCCACGGAACCACUGAUCUCGAGAAGGAGCAGAAGAAGCACGAGGACUGGAUGCGGAGGGGAAAGAAGCUAUUCGGCAAGACCAAUGCUCCGCUCCACAUUCUCAAAAGCCACCUGGAAUAUGUUUUGGAGCGGAACGGCGAGUGCUUCGACACAACACACGACAAGCCUCGUGUUCCCGCCGAGCCGUCGUCGCGCGAACACACGCCCGAGUCGAAGCUGCAUCGCUGGGAGGAUCCUAGGUUCCGCGAGGUCUUCUGUAUCUGCCGUCGGCCCGAGUCGGGGAUGAUGAUCGAAUGCGAGUUGUGUCACGAGUGGUACCACGGCAAAUGUCUCAAGAUUGCGCGCGGCAAAGUCCGUGAGGACGACAAGUACACAUGUCCGAUAUGCGACUGGCGGGUCACGAUUCCGCGGGAUGCAUCCCGUCCGAACCUCGAAGACCUCAUGGCGUGGUACGACGACAUUCCCGACCUUCCGUUCCAGCCAGAGGAGGAGGGGGUGCUCAAGCAGAUCAUCGACAAUUCUCAAGACUUUCGGACUUUCAUCGCCCCGUACUGCAACCAGCUCUUAGUCACGUCGUCCGAGGUUGAGGUCGAGAGGUUUUACCUUCGCAAGCUGGAGGGUGCCGAAGUCCUCCUCGCAUUCGAGACCAACUUCUUCCGACGACAGCUCCACAAAUGGAGUCCUGUUGCUCCAGAACCACCGCCGAUGAUAGAAGUUUCUAAAAGCACCAGAAAGCCCCGCCCGACCAAGCUGCAGAGGCUCCUCAACCAGUACGGAGUCGAGGAUGCUGACGAGCUGCCCGAGAGCGUGAGGGGGAAGGCCAACAGCCUGAAGCGCAAAGCUCUCAACGCGGAAGCGGCCGCUGCUGCGGCAGCCGCCGCCACUGGUGGUACUGGUCCCCAGGGAAGCCUGCCGCCUCUUCAGAGCCCCAUAGGACACGGUUUCUACAGGAACACGGGCUCGACGUCGCUACCCCAGACGCCAGGGCUCUCGGCGUCUGGAAGCUCCCACGCCCAUCCGUCUCGCGGCCCAGGUUCUACUUCUCCAUCUACUCAGGGCCCUCACCAUCAACACGCGCGGUCGGGAUCAAGUGCUGGGCUCGGAAAACGAGACGGCGUGGAGCUUAACGGAUCAAUACACCCGGGUUUCCUGGGGCAAGAGUCUGCUGUGCCUGGCCCUCGACUUCUCCUGACAGAUCACGGAUCCUCUACCUCGGCUCACGAACUGGAGGAGCGUAUCCUCAACGGCCAGAUCGACGACGUGACGCUCCAGACCGAGAAGGCCAAGAUCCUCGAGAUUCUGGGGCGUACCGAGCACGGCCGGCGCCAGGCAGAAACACUUUACGGGCGGCGCGUGUGGGGCAGCGGCGGUGCUGGGCCUGGACUCAGCCAGGCCACAGACCGCAGCGAAGAGAAAGAAGGUGGCGACGUUGACCGCAUGUUUACGGAUCUUGUCAACCAAGACGAGGAAGUCAACCCCGAGUCGCUUGAGAGCGAGCGCAACGGCAUGGAUGCCCUCCUGGAUGCUGACUGAGCUAACUCUGGCUGCUCGCUCCGACUCAUCUGCCACCUUGUUCGCCUUGUUGAGCGGCAUCGGCCUCUUCAUCCCUGUCUAUCUGUGCGUCAAGAUGCACAUGUCGCCGAGCACCAAAGGGGUGCUAUGCAAGCAGUUCUGGAGCAAAAAGCCCUGAAUACGGAAUACUACAGAGCACGCGGGGCAUGAUUAAUGGUUGGAGUUCUUUUUUUUCUUGAUGCCCCAUACGCAGGCGGCAGCGACUGGGAGUACGGCUUGGGGAUGCUGUGUUUUCCUUCAUUAUUUUUCCUACCAUCAUUAUUGUCUUUCCCCCUUCAUUCGGAAGCGCUGUGUUCGGAGUUGUCUUCCCGCUCACAUCAUACCCAGUCCAUUUCACAGAUGCCCGCGCUACUAACUCUACUGACUACCGACAUAGCAGUCGGGCUGCCUACCAUCUGCGAAGGUUUCACGCUAUAUGCCGUUGUUUUUGGUUCUUUAUUUCCCCGGCCGCAUCAUCAACUUGUACAAUUAUGGGAAUCGAAGGAUCUUUGCAUUAGACUUGGCGGUCUGUUCCCUCUGCUUUUUUCGAGACUUUGGCUUGCCUGGGUUUGUGGCUUUUUUUCUACUUCGUUGUCGAUGGAGAGUUUCGGGAGGCUUGACGGGCAUACUCUGGUGUUGGCUGAUGGAUGACCACGCUGUUGCUUUUUCAUCUGGUAGGCUCGCCUACCUUGCUACCUGUGGGUAGGGUAUCUAGAACAAUCAAGAGGCCUUGACACGAAAAAAGGAGUGCAUCAGAACGUGGGCCGUGACAGGAGCGCCUUUUGAAUCUACUCUCCUCAGUGGCUUGGUACUUGCCCUUCCUAUUCCUG